AUGGUCGACACGUUGGACAAGAUUCUUGCGACGAGCAACUUCUAUGCCAUUCUCGGCGUGACCUCGGAUGCCUCCAAGUCGGAGAUAUCCAAGAGCUACAAGCGCCUCUCUCUAAAGGUCCAUCCCGACAAGCACUCUUCCGGAACAGAGGACGU